UUCAAACAUCGUGGAGUAUCUUGUUAAAACUUACAUUUCGCUGUUAGACUGAUAAAUUGUGGUAUACCAUAAAUCUAAACCAACACCAGUAGCACGCUGAAAUAUUUAAUAAUAAUAAUAAAUUCGCAAAAAUUUUGAAAUAACAAAUAUUUUGGUUCUGUUUCAGUGAUCUAGAAUUCAUGCAAUGGUCCUACCUCCUACAAUAUUUUUUGUAAUUGCAAUAUUCAGUGGAGUAAAGUUAGUUAUUGGAUAUUCCGACUGGAAGUUUGACCCCGAUGAAGGACUGAAUACACUUCAAAUAAUAAGGCGGCAUGGAUAUCCAGCUGAAUCUCAUAUAGUGGAAACAGAAGAUGAUUAUUUACUCACACUUCACAGAAUUCCUGGAUCAAAAAAUGGGAGUAAGGGAGGCCAACCUAUAUUUCUUCAACACGGCCUGUUAUCCAGUAGCUCUGAUUGGGUGGACGAAGGAAAUACAUCGUUGAGUUUUAUGUUAGCCGAUGAAGGCUACGACGUAUGGCUUGGAAAUGCCAGAGGAAAUCAUUAUUCCAUUGGACAUACUAAGUUGAAACUAGACUCUGAACAGUUUUGGAACUUCAGUUGGCAUGAAAUGGGUGUUUACGAUCUACCAGCAGUAAUUCAAUUCAUAAGUACGACGACAGGUAAAGGAGGUGAGAUACUUUAUGUGGGACAUUCCAUGGGCACUACCAUGUUUUAUGUGUUCUCUUCUUUGAGACCAGAAAUUGCCAAACUGGUCAAAUUGAUGGUGUCUCUAGCUCCUGUAGCAUAUAUGAAGAAUGUGCGUUCUCCAAUAAGAUAUCUUACACCCUUCAUAUGCGAAGAGGAGUGGAUCGCUAAACAUUUAGGAAUAAAGCAAUUUCUUCCAGAUAACAAAAUAAUGAAACUGUUGAAUUAUGAAUGUGAAAUAACGGAUGGUGGAAAAAUCUGCGAAAAUCUAAUAUUUUUGCUUUGUGGAGCUGAUAAAGACGAGUAUAAUGAGGAUAUAAUGCCUGUAGUCCUGCAACAUAUCCCUGCAGGAUCGUCAACCAAAACAGUUCUGCAUUAUGGCCAAGAAAUAAAAUUCGAUGGAAAUUUUCAACAAUACGACUAUGGUAUUGAAGGAAACCUGAAGCAGUAUGGGACAAAAACUCCACCAUUAUAUGACCUAACCAAAAUAGAAGUGCCAAUGUAUUUGAUGUAUUCGACAAAUGAUUUUUUCGCGAGUCCAAUAGAUGUCCUAAGAAUGUCCAAGCAAUUGACCAAUCUCGUUGGCAUGUAUUUGAUUCCAUUGAAGAAGUUCAACCAUGUGGACUUUUUAUUCGGGAAGGAUGCAUUCAAAGUAGUUUAUGAGCCUCUAGUUAAAGUAUUGAAGAACUAUACUGUGAUAGCCAAGGUUUAAGUUAGAUUAGUUGAAGUUGUUCUUUGAAUGUAUGUAAAUAAAAUCUGCCUAAGGUUGA